CCUACGGUCGUCGGCGUGAAGUGAGGUCGAAGGGUUGUAUCUGAGCUCUUUAAUUUUCAUGGAAUAACUGUACUUCAUUGCUACUCCAACAUGGCAUCGUCAUUUACUAGAAUCGUAUCGAAUCUUGGUUUACUGCUUUAUUACUGGCUAGAAUCGAUUGUUCUGGCUUUUAUUCCGAAACGACUGCGGUACAAAGACAUCACCGGUGAAGUAGUUUUGAUUACCGGCGGCGGAAGUGGAAUCGGCCGUCUGCUGGCUACGCGAUUCGCAUCCCAUGGUGCGAAAAUCGUGGUUUGGGAUCUGAAUUUAGAUGCUGCCGAAGAAACUGUAAAAAUUAUUAAAGAAAAUGGCGGAGAGGCAUACGCAUAUCAGUGUGAUGUGUCUAAGCCCCAGCUGGUGUACGAUGCAGCUGCAAAAGUAAAAAGAGAAGUUGGAAGAGUAAAUAUCCUCGUCAAUAAUGCUGGUAUUGUCACUGGCAAACGAUUGUUGGACUGCCCCGAUCAUAUGAUCCAAAAGACGUUUGAGGUUAAUGCCAUUUCGCACUUUUGGACGUGUAAAGCUUUCCUUCCAGACAUGAUGGCUGAUAAUCAUGGUCACAUCGUCUCCAUUGCCAGUAUGGCUGGUCUAUCUGGCGUAGUCAGGCUUACGGAUUACUGUGCGAGUAAAUUUGCCGCCGUCGGAUUCGAAGAAUCUCUUCGAUUGGAACUGUACUGCGAAGGCUACACAGGAAUCCAUUCCACGGUGGUUUGUCCUUAUUACAUCAAUACCGGAAUGUUCGAAGGAGCUAAACCAGGCGUUUUUACAAUGAUGUCACCCGAGUAUGUGGCUGACGAAAUAGUUUCCGCUGUUUUAGUAAACCAAGAAGUUCUUUUGCUACCGAAAGCUUUCAACAUAUUAAUAACAAUCAAAACACUUCUUCCCGUAAAAGCAAUAAAUGUGGGUCUUGCAACUUUGGAAGGUCGAACACUAAUCAACCUUUCUGGAAGAACCAAACAAGAUGUAAAGACAAAAUGACGAUCUGUCUUCUCGAUAGUCUAGACAAAUAUAUUUGAGUAUUUAAAUUAAAUGAGAUUAUGUUAACAUAUAAAGUGUUGAGCUAAAAGCUAGGCUGACGUAUCCAAAAGCUAGUCAGUUUGAUGUUAAUUAGAAUUUAGUACAUUUUGCUUAUAAAAUUAUGUAUUGUACAAAAAAUUGCUUAUAUGCUUUAAUGAACUUGUUACAGUAUUUCUUUGUCACUUAACUUAACUGCAUUGAUGGAAUGUUAUUCGUUGUUUAAAUUAUUAUGAUUUUUGUCGUAACUUUAGCACUUAAACUCUGCAGAUAACGUUAAUAUUGAUUAUAUAGUGUGACGUAUAACAUAAGAAAUUGUUUAUGAAUCUUUGUCAUGAAAAGAUAUUGUUUUUGCUGUACUAAGUUUUCCAAGUGUAUAAUUUUUGUUUUAACUUUAUGGUAGUUUUCUUUCAUAAUAACAGAAUAAUUAAUUAGUUUUUAUAAAUCACUUUGGCACUGUUACAGUUAACCCUCUCCAAUUUGGCCAGCCAGACGGAUUUCGGUGGAAAGAGGGUGUAUUAGAAAAAUGCCUAUCAGUGUUGGCGAUUAUUGAUAUGCAAUAGUUUAUAGUAUAAAUUGCUGUUAAUGUAUUAAAAAGUUUAGGUUUAUAUGAUUAUGGCAAAGCUUCGAAGGCUCUCUACCUAAGAGGAGGGAUGCUUUCGUGGAGGACGUUCUAAGGCGAUACUGGCUCGUAUACACAUUACACAUGGGGAAAACCACGAAAACGCACAUGCAGACGGCCCAUUCGCGGCACUCGAACUUGGAAGUGAACUAUCAGUGUUCAGUGAUUUUACCGCUCGGCUGCUGGGGGGGGGCUUAGUGUAUUAUUAGAAAAAUACUGAUGUAGAAACACGGUGCAUCAAUUUAUUAAGAAAAUAACAGAUUAAUAAACUGCUAAUAAUAUAGUAAAAGAAACAGAAACAAAAAUUACGAAGAUAAUAAGUAAAUUUAUUUUGUACUUAAUUUUCUGAAAAUUGCUACGUGUUUAGUACAUUAAAAUACGAAAAACUGAUCAUACAUGUAAAAUAAAAAAAACGUUUUUAGUGAUUGCAAGAAACAAUUUAAUGAUCUCAAAGAGAAGAGAAGAGAAACAUGUCAAAUGGAAACAUAAAAUUAGGCAAAGCAGCAAGUUUGUGUUCUGAGUCUUGGUUCAAAUAUACACCAGACAAAAGUUUGUGUUCUGAGUCUUG